AUGAAUUUUUUUAACGUUCCAGAUGAAUUUAAAAAAAAUCCAGAACUCAAUGAAGAAGAUUUAAAUCAUCUAAGAGAAUGGAUAUCCAAACAACCACACCUUCCGCUUGUUACUGACGAACUCCUCGUGCUAUUUUUUCAUAGCUGUUUUUAUCGAUUGGAACCGACUAAAGUAACCAUCGAGUCGUAUUUCACUCUUCGCACUCAUUCGCCCGAAUUAUUCACAAAGCGUGAUACCGAUGUAAAAUCUGUGUUGGAAGCAUUUAAAACUAUAUCGUUUUGUGCAUUGCCGGGAUCAACUCCAGAUGGUUGCAAAGUUAUAUUUAUAUACGCUAAACGCGUAGAGGCAGAAUUGUUUGUUUUAGCUGAUUUCAUUAAAGCACUCAGCAUGGUGAUCGAUAUGUUGCUAAUGACUUCAGGAACUUUCGACGGACUAAUAAUUAUUUAUGAUAUGAAAGGUUUUAGUCUUAGUCAUGUCGGUCGUCUUGGUAUCAAUAUGAUGAAAAAAUACGUGUAUUUCUUGCAAGAUGGAUUGCCAGCUCGUCUAAAAGCUAUCCAUACAAUAAAUACAGCUCCGUUUAUUGACAUGAUAAAUAGUAUGACAAAACCUUUUAUGAAAAAAGAAUUAACUGAGAAAAUGUAUUACCACUCAACUACAGAUCCCGAAGCGAUAUUUGAAUAUAUACCUAAAGAAAUGAUGCCAAUUGAAAUUGGAGGGAGUGGACAAACUUUAAAAAAUAUAAACGAUGAUACAUUUGAAAAAGUCAAAGAAAUGAGAAAAUGGUUCUUAGAAGAAGAGAAUUACAGAGUAGAUGAACAAAAACGACCGGGUAAACCAAAGACGGAAAGUGACUAUUUUGGUGUAGAAGGUUCUUUUAAGACUUUGAAUUUGGAUUGAAAUAAAAUGUUAUUGUUUUGGGAUACAAGUUAUAUUUAUAUAGGUAAAAUGGAGUAUUAAUUAUAAUAUAAAAGUUUUCGUUUUUAGGUAGUACGCAAAAUAAUAGGAUAAAUUAAAAUAUUAUGCAUGUUAUAGUUAAUUAUUUAUAAUAUAUACUCAACAAUCAGCAUACCAUAAUAUAUAU